GGAGGCCAUUCGUCUAGCGUUUGGGUCGCGUCAGGCCUGAGCCGGCUUGACCCCGCGGGCCACCCUUUUAAGAGUGCUCCCGCCCUCUUACCCGGUUGCUUCUUCCGGAACUCACUGUGCUGCGGAGUAACUGAUGCUCUGGGCUCUGUUACCGACUGGCGUUGUGACCUCAACUUGUGGUCCAGCAUCUCUGCCUCGGUUUCCUCUUUGGAGUCCCGUGGUCUGGCUGGCGGCAAUGACGUCCAGGCAGAGGUCCCUCUGUGGUCUGGCUGCUCAUGGCCUCUGGUUCUUGGGCCUUGUCCUUCUGAUGGAUGCAACUGCUAGACCUGCCAACCACUCAUUUUCUCGGGAAAGAGCAGCCAACAGGGAUGAAAAUGAGAUCAUACCCCCAGACCACUUGAAUGGGGUGAAGCUGGAGAUGGAUGGACACCUCAAUAAGGACUUCCAUCAGGAGGUUUUCCUGGGAAAGGACAUGGAUGGGUUUGAUGAGGACUCAGAGCCACGGAGAAGCAGGAGGAAGCUAAUGGUCAUCUUUUCCAAGGUAGAUGUGAACACUGACCGGAGGAUCAGCGCUAAGGAGAUGCAGCACUGGAUUAUGGAGAAAACAGCAGAGCACUUCCAGGAGGCUGUCAAGGAGAACAAACUACACUUCAGGGCUGUGGACCCCGAUGGUGAUGGCCAUGUGUCCUGGGAUGAAUAUAAAGUGAAGUUUUUGGCAAGCAAAGGCCACAAUGAAAGGGAGAUUGCCGAUGCCAUCAAGAAUCACGAGGAGCUCAAAGUGGAUGAGGAGAGCUGGCCUCAAACUCAGAGACUGAUCUGCUUGAGUGCUGGGAGUCAAGCACAGGAAGUCCUUGGGAACCUCAGAGAUCGCUGGUAUCAGGCAGACAAUCCUCCUGCAGACCUGCUGCUGACUGAGGACGAGUUCCUGUCAUUCCUUCACCCUGAGCACAGCCGGGGCAUGCUCAAGUUCAUGGUCAAAGAGAUCGUUCGGGACUUGGACCAGGAUGGUGAUAAGCAGUUGUCUCUGCCUGAGUUCAUCUCUCUGCCUGUGGGUACUGUUGAGAACCAGCAAGGCCAAGACAUUGACGACAACUGGGUGAAAGACAGGAAGAAAGAGUUUGAGGAACUGAUUGAUUCUAACCAUGAUGGGAUUGUGACCAUGGAGGAGUUGGAGAACUACAUGGACCCCAUGAAUGAAUACAAUGCCCUCAAUGAAGCAAAACAGAUGAUUGCCAUUGCUGAUGAGAACCAGAAUCACCAUCUGGAGCCUGAGGAGAUCCUCAAGUACAGUGAGUUCUUCACGGGCAGCAAGCUGAUGGACUAUGCCCGCAAUGUGCAUGAAGAGUUCUGAGCAGACCCCUCAACUGGGACCAGGUCGCCAGUAUGCUGUCUGCCCCUUCCCACACUUGGAGGAGGCUAUGGUCCAGUGAGACCUGUAGAUGACUGGGUCCAGAUCGGGUCUAAAAUGCUACCUACCCUGUGUCUGAGGGCUACCAUAAGUCCCUCAAAGUGCUGUUCCAGAACCUUCCUUCUUCUGUUGUGUCCAUAUGCUCUGGCUUAGCUCCUGCCAUGGCAUGGCCCAGGUUCAUUAAAGAUAUGCUCAAUA